GACUGCAACAUAGUCAAAGAGUGAAAGGGAAGAGGGCGAAAGUGCCACUGGAGAUAAUUGAUUACCCACCAAUCAAUGAUAACUUGUUAGUAAUCGUCAACUCUUUGGACCUCGCCAUUUUCAGGGAGGCAUCUCACUCCUGCGGACUUGCUGCUCGCGAGGAUCGACACUUUGAACGCAUCCCAUUUUGGAAUAAGAUUUUCUUUCCCUCAAUCUCCCCUCCUUAUCUUUGUUUUUUUUUCCUACCUCCAAACUGUUAUGUGACUUUUUUCCCUCGAUACGUUCGCUCGUUUGUAACUGCUUAAUACUUCAACCAAGUCCUAUAAACUCUGCGUACAACCAAUGAUGACAUCCAAAGAAGUCGCCAAAUGUGAUGCAGUGGAAAACAGGAGGCGAAGUCCGCUGGACCACUUGCCGCCUCCUGCCAACUCCAACAAGCCGCUGACCCCAUUCAGCAUUGAGGACAUCCUGAACAAACCGUCUGUGAAACGAAGUUAUACAAUUUGCGGCACAGCUCAUCUAAUUUCGUCUUCUGAGAAACACCGUCCCUCCAGCAUCCCUCUGUCCAACCGGGGACUCCUCACCCAAACCUCCCCGCUCUGCGCGCUGGAGGAGCUGGCCAGCAAGACCUUCAAGGGGCUGGAAGUCAGCGUUUUGCAGGCUGCCGAAGGCCGGGAUGGGAUGACUCUGUUCGGCCAGCGAACCACCCCGAAGAAGCGUCGGAAGUCUCGGACGGCUUUCACCAAUCACCAAAUCUACGAACUGGAAAAGCGCUUCCUGUAUCAAAAGUACCUGUCCCCAGCCGACCGGGACCAGAUCGCUCAGCAGCUGGGCCUGACAAACGCGCAGGUGAUCACGUGGUUUCAGAACCGGAGAGCCAAGCUAAAACGGGACCUGGAGGAGAUGAAGGCCGACGUGGAGUCGGCCAAGGCCAUCGGCCAGGUCCCACUGGACAAGCUCGCCAAACUGGCGGACCUGGAGAAAUGCGCCAAUGGCACGCUGGGCCACCCGCGAGCCGAGUCCCCCGCGCGGGGAGGCCAGCAGGAGCACGAGCUCGCUCAGAAACUGAGGACGUCGCCGCUGUCUCCAUUCUCAGACCACACAACUAGUAAAGAGUGCUCAGAGGACGAGGACGUGGAGAUUGAUGUGGAUGACUGAUGGCGCAUCGAGGAGCUUGAAGGUCAAGAAACACAAAAAGACGAUAAAAUAAUCCCGCGGAGGACUUGUAACUUACUGCUUAUAUUGUAUACCAUAUCUCGGAACAUGUACCAAAAUGUAAUGACUUUUAUAUUGGCACAGAUACUAUUCAUAGUGAAGCAUGAACACAGAACAAGAAUUAUGCAGUGAUAUUUUACAAUGUAUUCAUUAGCAAACUGUUACUUCUUUCGAUCAAAGCAAUAUGGUCUGAAAUGACAUAACUUAUUUUUUUACAGUAUAAACCAACACACACACACACACACACACACGCACACACACACACACACACACACACACACACACACACACACACACAUUGUUUUAUUGCUUUUCCCGAUAGCCCUGUCCCCUCACAUCACAGUGAAGUGCUCCAGUUUUCCAUAUUUUUGCAUGUAAAUGCAUGAUUUGAUUUGUGAUCAUUAUCUAUUUAUUUUUACUUUUUUAAUUUAAUUGCUUUUGUAUUUUCUGUGAGCCAAAUCGCGAUUCAGUCACUUUGUCACUGCCGGCUCUUCUCCUCUCCAUUAUCAUUAUCAUUUGACUGUAACCCCUGGCUUCAGUUCAUAUUCUGCGUCCCGAUGCUGCAGUGCAUGAUGAAGAUGAUGAUGACGGUCGGAAAGGCAAAACUCGGACACUCACAGUUACAACGCGUUUUGUGGAAAUGCUCGAGCGAUGGCGAGAAACAGCGGUUGAUAUUGCGGUGAUUUUGACAAGCUACUUUUUAGAUUUAUUGUUUGGAUACAAUAGAUUUACAGUUAUAAAUUUGUUAUGUUUUGUACACCUGUAAGUGCCUUUCUAAAAUCAGGACAUUAUUUGAAAACCAAUGCACAGACUGUAAUGUAUAUAGGCUACUAUGGGAAUAAAAUGGCUUUUCUGAA